AUGAAUAAAACUACAGGCUUGGUAAACAUCGACAAAGCGGAGGAUGUGACGGCCACCAUGGUGACAGCUCUGCAGCCGGACAGCGCUAUGAGCGCAAGUAACCCGCCUCUCAACUCCAACCACACAUCGGGCAUGGAGCACGUUUUUCAGUACUCUUAUUCCGAGAGUGACAUGCUGUACACAGACUACCGGACACCUGCACGAGACUCUAUCCCGCUACCCAAAGCGGUUCUCUACCUGGUUAUGGCAGCGCUGGUGAUGGUGGCGGUAGCCUAUGCGAUAGUUGGACACCUGGUCAAAGAUGUAGUUAAUGAUUUUGUCGGUGGAGGCAGGUCGAUGGUUGCUGAAGGUGACGGUGGUGAAACCAGCGAACCAGACUGGGUGUUUGGCUCUCGUCGAGUUACUAACUGCAACAGUACUGAGAUAAACUGCAUCUCCAACAACACAAACGAGAUGAGUGAGUUGGACGAGAGGCCCCGGCUGGUGGACAUGAGCUACAUAUCUCUGAACCACACUAACUGCCUGAGCUCCAACAGACCAGAGGAGACAGUAGUCACCAUAGAUGAGACGUUACAGCAGCAACCUCCGGACAACCACUCUGGGACUUAA